GUCUACGUGUUUGUCACAGACCUUUAGGUCCGUGGUGUUUGUCUUUUUUCUGGCUUCAUCAAUACGAGUUCACCUUGGACUUUUGUUUUCGUUCGAACCUCGAAGUUCAAUAUAUGAAUAGUAGAGGCUAACCACUAAGCGGUGCCAAUACAAAAAGUUGCUUUGUUUACGUUUCUAGUAAUAGUUUGUCAACUUCUUUUACUUUGGUGUUUAUACAGAGAAUGGCGAAUGACAGUGGCCAGAAACUGUUGCGAUCUUUGAAAAAUCAAUAUCCUACCUAUGUUAACUUUGUUAAUAAGUCUGGUAGAAUGGUGUACUUAUUUUGGUUAGAUUAUCAUGGCAAACUUGUUCGGUACGGUCACAUUCCACCGAGAAAAGGCACAUCAAUGGACACGUACGUGACCCAUCCCUGGAUAGCACUUGACGCAGUUACAGGGUACCCCUUGAUGCUGAACGGUGAACGGGUGUUUCACCCGCAAGUGGAACGGAACGGGAACGUAUAUCACGAUAGAAACAGAGAAAUGGUCGACAUUCAUAUUCCUGUUUACUCCCUGUACCGUCGGUGCCUCGAGUCGGUGUAUCUUAACUUUCGAUCUGAAGAUAUCGCCGAUGCCAACAUCCCUGCACAAAUGAAGGAUAUCCUUGCCAAGAUAAAACCGACGCGAGACUUUACCAACUAUGAACAUUACCAUAGCAUUCAUUACGAGAACUUUGGUGACAAUGGUAAUGAUAAUAUACCUGAAGAUGUGGACGAACAUGAUUUCGAUGACAAUGUUAGUGACAGCAGCGAAGAUGAAGAGGAAAAUGGUGCGUUGUACAAUGCUUAAAAUUGUGCAGGAAUAAUUACAACAUAGACCUGUAUUAUUUGUGAUAUUACUGUUCUAAUAAAACAUAUUUAGGGACCCGCAAAACAUGCAGGUGCCAUAAAGUUAUCAACCGUUCGUCCAUCCGUCUGUUCUCAUGUUCUCUUAAUAACUUAAAUAACUGUUCAUACAUUUGAUCACAGUAUGAACAUGAUCAGUUAAGUCAAGUAGCAUAACUCUUACAUAAAAGGUGACAUAUGUAUGGCCAUUUGUUAACUUAAUAUUUUCAAUUGCAAUGAAACUUGAAACAUAAAUUGACGGCGAUGUUGCCUUACACAUUUAAAUAACCAUAAUUCUGUGAACGGUUGUUCCAAAACCAUAGUUCUAAAACCCAUAGGUCCCAUGGCUACCUUCCUGUCAUAUGUAAUAUGGUUUGAGCUUGCUAACCCGUGUAAGGGCUUAAUUUAGAAACUGUAUUGGUAUUGCCUUUGCUUCCAGAAUUAUAAUAUACAAACAUUUAAACUUAUUGUAUUAUUUGGAAUUUUUAUUUGAUAUGUAUGUCCGUUAUUCAUGUCGGAAAAUAGUUCAUUGAGCUAAUGUUUCUUGUUAACACGUACCCGACUUGAUUAAAUGUGUAUUGAUUGUACACAAACGAGUUGCAUAUAAAUAAAUACCAAAAAGAAAUAACAUUUUAGAGAAAAAGUUAAUUAUCUAUGAGCAACAUUUUUUAUUGUUUGGCCCAUUAUUGCAUAGUCGCCCAAUUUGACGUUUUAACAUACCUGCAUUGUAUAUAAGAUCGUUGUUUAUAAUGUUAUACGAUAUAAAAAAAAACAAUCUCAACAACAUCAUUCAUAUUCGUUGCUCUGUUUCACUUUCAACAUGACUUCAAAUACCCACCCUGUCAAACAUGCUAUUAUUCGUGGCCCUUGUUUAAUUUACACUGUUCAGUAAAAAGGUGCAACAAUGUAUUAUUAUUAUUGAUAUUAAACUUUUGUUAUUGAUUUUAAUUCCUAAGUGCAAUAAAACUUACAACCAGA